UAUGGAAUAAUGUCUGUGUUUUUCAGGAAAAAUGGUUCACUCCAUGGUUGCUCAUCUGGAUGCAGUCACUUGUCUGGCAAUAGAUCCUAAUGGACUUUAUCUUCUUUCUGGAAGUCAUGACUGUUCUAUACGGCUCUGGAACAUGGACAACAAGACCUGUGUUCAAGAAAUCACUUCCCAUAGAAAAAAAUUUGAUGAAUCCAUCUAUGAUGUGGCUUUCCAUCCUUCAAAGCCGUACAUCGCUAGUGCUGGUGCCGAUGCUCUGGCAAAAGUUUUUGUGUGAUGAGAAUCAAGACCUCUUAGUAGCAAAGUUUUAAGUUGCACUUGCAUGGAUUGAAAUUAUUUGGUGAUGACUACUUUUGUUUUGGGACAGUGCUUAUAGGAAGUAAAUGUAAACUGACUGUAAAACCAUGUCUGAAAUUCUGUGUCCUCAUCCGUGAUAAGAUUAGAGGAAAAUAUAUUGGUAACUAAAACACUACUGGUUAUUUAUGGACAUAAUUCAGUUAUACUGAAAUGGCUUAAAGCAUUAAUUUUAAAUCUAUCAAUAUUUACUUUUAUUAUGAAUGUUGUCUGUCUAGAAACAGUUUUUAUAGAUAUAAACUGUGUUCUUUUAAAUUUUACUCUGAAAUAUUGUUCUUUCUAAAUCAUGUGAUAAAGCAUAAUCCAAACCUUUACAAAUUCUGCCCUGUUAAAGUUUACUUUAGAGUUCUGGUAUAAUGUGGUAGAAGUAGUAGUUUUCAGAAGUCUUGUUUCAUUCCCCUAGUGUCUUAUUAAGUAAGUAGCUCUGAAAUCUUUUGAGCCAGUGAUUAAAUACUUGCAAAUAUUAAUACAGGACUUCAUGAGAAAACCAAGCACAUUCUCCUGAAAAUUGAAGCUUUUGAGAACUUAUACAGAGUCCUAUUCUUUAGACAUUGAUAAUAACUAAACAUUUAAAUACUUCCAGUUUUGUCAAAUAAAAUCAUCAAAUUGAAAAAAAAUUAAAUGAGAUUAUAUAUUUUUUAUUUUGUUUGUUUAGAAGUUUUUUGAGAACUAAGGUUCUCUUGGGUAAUUUUUUAAUACCAUUAACAAUCAAGAAAAUUUCUUGUAAAAGGAGCAUGAGAAAAACCUGUACUAAUUCCUGAUUUGGUUCUCUGUUUUUAAAAGAUGCUCGUGACACGUAUGAGUAUUUGGUUCAAUAAUCAAAAGAUGUUUCUGACCACCAGCAGAGCUGUUAGUUAAAUUAGUUAAGCUUUAUGCCAACACUUUUUUUUCAUACACUUGUAAAUCAGCGUAAUCACUAUGUUUAGCAGAAGUUUUUAUUUUUUCAGUAGCAACACACAGUAAAUUAUUUUUUGGCUUUCUGUAUUUUAUUUGUAUAGUGUACAGACUCCCAUGUAGAAAGAGUACCUCCACCAUAAUCUGUCAGAUGGAAUGCUGUGAGAUAAGAUCGUGUGGUUUCUAUCUACCUUGUUUUCUCCCUGUAGGACAAAGUCUAAAGGCAGCAAAAAAAAAUGUGCUCUUGGUGUUGUUUUCCUAUUUGGACAAAGUGCUUGUGGUUACUUGUAAUAGGAAAUUGCCCUUGUUUGCAUGGAUAUUUUGAAUGUAAUAAUUUGGUGUCAGUAUGAACUGGUAGAAAAUUUUACAUGGUAUAUACAUGACUCGCAUACCACCAUCAAAUGAUAUAACCUGAUUAUAUAACCUAUUUUUUCGGGAGUCCCAAACCAAUUUCUUCUGUUGAUAAACUUAGAUAUUAG